AUGGCCUUCUCGAUGCAUAGUCACUCCGGGCAAUUCUGCCCCGGCCACGCCAAAGACACACUUGAAGAAGUCAUCCAGACAGCCAUCGCCAGGGGCAUGCAGACCUUCGCUCUAACCGAGCACAUGCCCCGAAACUCCAACGACGACCUCUACCCGGAUGAGGCGAGCAUUUAUAUCGAAGCAGGCGAGACCAUCGCGCCCCUCUUCCCCCGCCACGAAGCCUUCCUCGCCGAAGCAGCGCGCCUCCGCCAGAAGUACGCACCGCAAAUCACGCUCCUGAUCGGCUUCGAAGGCGAAUGGAUCCGCCCUUCCUACGGCCCCCUGAUCCAAGACCUCGCGUCAAAUCGCCUCGUCGACUAUUUCAUCGGGUCGGUGCAUCACGUGCACGCCAUCCCGAUCGACUACGACGCCGUGUUCUACCGCAAGGCGCGGGACGCGGCCGGUGGUAGCGACGAGCGCUUGUUCGAGGAUUACUUUGAUUCGCAGCUGGAGAUGCUGGAGGCGUUGAAGCCGAGGGUUGUGGGCCACUUUGACCUGAUUCGGCUGUGGAGCGAUGAGCCGAAUCGGAGUCUGAGGGCCAUGGACGGGGUGUGGGAGCGCGUGGUGAGGAAUCUGAAGGUUGUGGUCCAGCAGGGCGGGUUGCUGGAGAUCAACUCGAGUGCGUUGAGGAAGGGGCUGGAGGAGCCGUACCCGAUGCGGUGUGUCUGUGAGGAGUAUCUGAAGCUGGGAGGGAGGUUGACGAUGAGUGAUGACAGUCAUGGCAUUGGGCACGUUGGGACGAACUUUGACAGGGCGAUUGCGUAUUUGGAGGGUUUGGGGGUGGAGGAGGUAUUUACGCUUAAUGGGAAGGAUGAAGCUGCAGGGAGGGUUGCGAUACGUUCCGGCCGUGAGGUAGGAACAGUAGUAACAUUAGUACAUUUCUUCACUAUCCAAGAGCUGACACGCUCAAUUGAACGACGAAUCAAAGUCGUGCCCGAGGAAACGUCUCUUGAAGAGUCUUGGUACUGGCUUGAGCAUUGGCAACAUAUUGUCAAUCGAUUUCCGGCACUGGCUACCGCACUCCAAAGGUCCUUUGCAAAGAAAGAAUCGAAUCGAGUCGCCCUUCCUUACCCGCCAGGAGGGCCAGCAAUAGAGAUGAAUCCCAAUGCCCCCGAGCACCAGCCAGACGUUGCCUGCGACACGGCCAUCAUCCACGCCGCGCGCGAAAAGAUGUUCAGCCCGCCGGACGAAGAGACGGUGGAGAAGCUCAACAAACGUAUGGAUGCCAAUCUUGAACUUCCGUUCCCCUCCGCGCCUAGAAGGACUCUAGAAGCUGCUCAAAGUGUGAGAGCUUUUAGCGAAUUGUCGACUCUGAGAGCCGAAAUAGGGGUUCAGAAUAAAGCGAAGUCGCUGAAGCAGCCGUUGCCGGUCUACCCACUAUUCAGCUCCACGCCGAGUGCAGAAGAGUCAAAUGUCUGCACAGGCACCCGCCUCAGCUCCCGACAAGGCCUUCGCCUCCUCGACCCGGACGCUGGCACACCCGCCCUCUGCACAGAAGCCUACCUGCAGUUCAUCUGCCACUACGCCAACCGAUGGCACUCCAAGCUCACCGGCACCGACUUCCACUCCGCCGGUGCCGAUCCGCGCUUCUUCUACUUCCCCUCCCACCAGUCCUUCCACGAACAGCUCAUGGAGAACACGCCCGCGUGGAUGAAGCAGGAAACGGAGAAGUACCUGAGCAAGCGCCAGUUCUGGAAACUGCGGUACCUGUUCAUCCUGGUUAACUUUGUGCCGAUGUACCAGAAGGACGCGCACGUAGCGCUGUGCGCCAUCAGCCCGGAGGCCAAGACGGUCGAUUACCUGUGUUCGGGGGGCGAUACCGGGUUGCCCAACUCGCCGAGAUCAUCAGGCUCGAAAUGCGUACCGCAUAUCUUCGCCUGGCUCGCUGAGUUCCUGGGAUCAGAGUUCCAGCCGUGCGAGUGGAAACUGCGGACUGGUGCUGCACAUGUGCAGGAGAGGUUCCGGGGAGACUGUGCGAUCUACACAGUGACGCAUACGAUGUGCCUGGCGUUCGGAUAUGGUAUUGCAGGUGCCUUCCCGGAUGACCACCAGGACAGGAUCCAAGACAGGAGGAGACGAUAUGUGCAGGAUCUCAUGUACGAGGGCUUCGCAGACUUCGAGCCAGGCUCCGAUAACCCUCAGUACUACCCACUGCUUGAUACUAAAGCUGAAGCAUUGAGGUCUGAUGGCUUUUAUAACCUACCGGGAGCCGUGCUACGCAAACUGCCCGAACAAAAUGCUGCUGACGAAACACUGUAA